AUGGCAGCACAGUUAGAACUCGAUCAGACCUUCUUCGUGGAGUUGCUGGGGAAGCUCAUUGGCGAGACCUACCAUUUGCAGAACCGGCCUCCGGACUUCAUUCCGCAGGAGGACAAGGCGGGCCGGCAUGUGCUGAGCGCGCUGGAGCCCUACCGCGUGGAAAACGGGGGCGUUCUGCGUAUCAAGCACAUUCACUACGCCGAGCACCGAGGAAAUAUCAUCAUCGAGUACCCGGCGGCCAAGCCUGCGGUGGCCAAGGAUGUGUCGUCGGUGGCCUUCGUGGGGUCGCACCUCGACGUGGUGUACGCCAACCCGGAGACCUGGGAGCGCGACCCGUUCAAGCUCACCGUGGAGGGCGACAAGCUCUACGGCCGCGGCUCCACCGACUGCCUGGGCCACUGCGCGCUCCUCACCGAUCUCUUCAAGCAGUUGGCCGAGACGAAGCCACAGCUGAGCGUGAGCGUGUUCGGGGUGCUGAUCGUCGACGAGGAAUCGGGCGGUCGUCUGCCCAUUGGUGUCGACGAGCUGAUGAAGCACGGCGAGCUCGACGCCAUGAAGAACGGCCCUCUGGUCUGGCUCGACUGUGCCGACGCCCAGCCCAACAUCGGCAGCGGUGGUCUCUGCCAGUGGGAGCUGAAGGUGAAGGGCAAGCUUUGCCACAGCGGCUUCCCCAACAAGGGCGUCAACGCCCUGGAGAUGGCCAGCGACCUCAUCAUCCAGGUCCAGAAGAAGUUCUACGAGCGGUUCCCUCCGCACGAGAGGGAGGAGGAGUACGGCUUCCCGUGCUCGUCGUCGCUCAAGCCCACGCAGAUCGCGGUGCCGGAGAGCGGCAUCAACCAGAUCCCGGGCGAGUGCACGGUCAAGGGCGACAUCCGGUUGAUUCCCUUCUACUCCAUUAAGGACGCAGUCAAGGUGGUCGACGACGCCGUGGCUCAGCUGCGCGAGGAGAGGUUCGAGUCGCUGCACCAGAUGGCCCACCGGGGACCCGACGCCCGCUACGUGCUGAAGAAGCGCGAAGGCGACGACGAGCCCGCCGUCUUCGAGUGGAAGUGGCUGUGCGAACCCGUGCAGGGCAUCGCCUGCCACCUGGACAGCCUCGGCUUCAAGUCCCUCGCCCAGGCCACCCAGGAGAUCAUCGGCGAGGUCAAGCCUCUCGCCGACACCGGCACGCUCCCUCUUGUGGCGGACCUCCAGGCAGGCGGCUUUGAUGUGCAGACCGUUGGUUACGGAGACGAGGAGGCCUACCACGCCGAUAACGAGUUCGCCCUGCUGUCGAGCUUCGUGAAGGGCUUCAAGGUGCUCGCCCGGAUCAUCGACCUCGUCGACAGCCGGGCCUCGGCCCAGCCCCAGCAGUAG